AUGGACCAACAACGGAAGAGCUCAAAGGGUGACCCGCCAGAGGGACAGGGCACAAAUAUUGAGAUGGAGAAUAUGGACGAGAUGCACUCGACAAUGGAUCCCGGACAAAAUAGUGGAAUCAAUCGAUCGACAGCAGCAGCAGCACUACCAGCGGCAGCAGCAGCAGGACAACGGUCCAGUAGCGAUGAUAUUAAAAUAGAUAUGCCAAUACAGAGACGUGGAUCACUACAAGAGAUACCAUUCAUCUCGGACAAGGUCGAGGAUUCGACCAAGACCUUCUCGGGAUUCUCCAACAAGGACCCAACGAUCUUGCCUCAAUCGUCCACCAGCACCACCUCCAACUACGACUACAGAAAGUCCUAUCGAACCCCGCUGCGACGUCAACUGUUCGAUGUGCCCUCCGACCAGCAAGUCAAGCUGGCCAAGGAGAAGGAGGAGAACUAUCGAAAGACACUCGAGCGCAAGAAGGAAGCACAAAAGCCGCUCGAAUCAAUCAUGGCCGAACUCAAGGCCAAUGCCGAUGGACUGACCACAGCUGAAGUCGCUGAAAGAACGAAACAAUAUGGACUGAACAAGAUCCCUGAUGUGAAGAGAUACCCUAUAUUGGAGUUCUUGUACUUCAUGUGGAAUCCAUUGUCGUGGACAAUGGAGUUGGCAGCCUUGGUGUCGAUAGUGUUGCUGGAUUGGGUCGACUUUAUAUUGAUCUGCGCGUUGCUAUUCAUGAAUGCAGCGAUUGGCUACUUUGAGGAGCAUACCGCUGGUAACGCCGUGGAGGCGUUGAAGAACUCACUGGUAUCAAACUCACGUGUGAAGCGAGAUGGCAAAUGGGUGCAGAUACCGUCGCACGAGCUGGUGCCGGGCGACGUCAUCAUACUCAAGAUCGGUGCGGUCGUCCCGGCAGACAAUCGCGUGCUCGAAUGCGAGUCGGUCAAGAUCGAUCAGUCAUCGCUAACGGGUGAGUCGCUGCCCGCCAGCAAGAAGGUCGGCGACGAGAUCUACUCUGGUUCCACAAUGAAGCAGGGUGAGGCAACAUGCAUCGUCACGUCCACAGGUGUCAACACGUUCUUUGGUCGCGCUGCCAACCUCGUCCAGGAGACCGAGAGCCAUGGCCACUUGCAGACCGUGCUCAGGAACAUCGGUUUGUUCUGUAUCACGUUCAUUGCUGUUUGGGUGCUCGUCGAGCUGCUCGUCCAAUUCGUCGGCAGGAAGAAGUCUUGUACCGGUGUCGGCGAGGGCAAGUGUACCACGCUCAACAAUGCCUUGGUGCUGCUAGUCGGUGGAAUCCCAAUUGCAAUGCCAACUGUGCUAUCUGUGACAAUGGCCAUCGGUGCCACACAGCUGUCGAAGAAGCAGGCCAUCGUUUCACGUUUGACUGCCAUUGAAGAGUUGGCUGGUAUGGACAUCCUUUGUUCAGACAAGACCGGAACCCUGACACUCAAUGUUCUCACGGUUGACGAGCCCAUCUGCUUUGGAGGUAUCACACCCGACCAGGUCAUAUUCGACGCGUAUCUGGCAUGUUCCGAAGGUGACGAUCGAGACGCGAUAGACAUUGCGACGACGGAUUAUGCACACAACACCUACCCGAACCUCGAGUACGACAAGUACGUCAUCAAGAAGCAUUUCCCAUUCAACCCUGAGGACAAGAAGGCCAUGGGUCUGGUCGAGGGUCCAGGUGGAAAGACAUUCAAAACUGCCAAGGGUGCUCCACAGAUCAUCUUGAACCAGUCGUCCAACAAGGAUGAGCAUGGCGAGGAGAUUUCACAGCAGAUCGAGAAUCUUGCCGAGAGAGGCUACCGUGCUCUUGGUGUGUCGCGCUCCGAAGAUGCCCCAGAUUUCAAGGUAUGGAAGUUCAUGGGUCUGAUCCCCCUGUUUGACCCACCCCGUCACGACACUGAGGAGACGAUCAAGCGUGCACUGGACAUGGGUGUCAAGGUCAAGAUGAUCACAGGAGACCAGCUGGCCAUUGCCAAAGAGACUGCGCGACGUUUGGGAAUGGGUGGCAACUUCUUCACCAUCCCCUACCUCAAGAACAACGACCUGGGUAUGAAGGGCAGCGAUCUUAUCGAGAUGGCUGAUGGUUUCGCCGAGAUGUGGCCAGAGCACAAGUACAAGGUUGUCCGUUCACUACAGAAGCGCAAGCACAUUGUUGGAAUGACUGGUGAUGGUGUCAACGAUGCCCCAGCUCUCAAGAAGGCAGACAUUGGUAUAGCUGUAGCUGGCGCCACAGAUGCCGCGCGAUCUGUCUCAGACAUUGUGCUCACAUCCAGCGGUCUGUCCGUCAUCAUUGAUGCUAUCAUCACAUCGAGAAAGAUCUUCCAGCGUAUGAGGAACUACGUUAUCUACUCUGUGUCAGCCACUGUGCGUAUAUGUAUCACGUUUGGAAUCCUCACAAUUGCCUGGGACUUCUACUUCCCCACGAUCGCCACCGUCAUCAUAGCCAUUCUCAACGAUGGCACAAUGCUCAGUAUCUCUAAGGAUCGCGUGAGGCCACGUAACACACCGGACAAAUGGGAUCUAAGGGAGGUGUUCUUGAUGGCCAUCUGCUACGGAUGCUACCUGGUCGGCUCCACACUUGUCUACUUUGCCCUGGUGCACGACUCGACCUGGUUCGAACGAACAUUCAAUCUGCGACAUCUCUCUGACAAUGAGAUACGUGGCCUCAUCUACCUCCAGGUGUCCAUCUCUGGACUGGCCACUAUCUUUGUGUCACGUUCACAGGGUUUCUCAUAUUUCGAGCGACCCGGUACCCUCAUGGCGAUUGCAUUCGUUGGCUCGCAGGUUGUCGCCACGUUCAUCGGCACCUACGGCUUCAGAGGAUAUCCACACAAUGGAGAGACUGAUUUCCAGGGAUGUGGCUGGGGCUGGGCGCUCACCACAUGGAUCUGGUGCAUACUCUGGUAUAUUCCAAUGGACUUUAUCAAGCUGGGUAUCACCUAUCUAUACCAAGGCAAUGUUCGAUUCCAUCACAAGUCCUACCACAACAAUCUAGGAGCAUUCUUUAGGAAGGGCAAGCCACCCAUCACCAACAAGCCAAUUGAUUGA